GUGAACAGUUCCUGUGGGCUUGGAGUGAGAGUUUGGCUGCAUGUUCACAUGCUACUGCUAACUAUUAUGGCUUCAAAUGAAACUAAUGUGAUUUGGGAAAUACUUAAACCUAUUGAUGCUGAGAAGCUCAUCCUGGCGUUCUCCUUGUCGAUAUUAAUUGGUCUGCUCAUCGGGAUCUUGAUUUUCCUCCUCCUUACAUGGAUGUCAAGACGUAGAGCUUCGGUCAGGAUUGCCGGAGGUCAAAACCAAUCAUCAGAAUCCAGGGGCUCACGUAACCAGCACUGCCACCUCAGACACUACAAGAGUCACGGCUUCGACAAGAACAGUGAAUCUGUGGGAAGAGUGGUUUUAAGCGUUCACAGACAGACUUUUGUAGACCCCAAUGAGCUGCUGGGUAGAAGCCCCAGCUUCCAGAACACCACGUUUCGGCUGCCAAAAAAAAAGUCUAACAAGACUGGUGAUCAAACAGAGGAUGAAAGCCAAACUGCAUCACUUCCUAACAACACAGAUCCAUUUAGUGCAGAACCAGCGGAGUCCUUCUGGCUGGGGAAGGGCAGUCUAAGAGGUUUUCUACCCAGACAGAAUCCACCACCUGCUUAUGACAGUGUCAUCCACAUCUCUCAAGAGUCCUGUACCUGACUGCACUGUGAUAAGAGAUAAAGGACUUGCAAAGGAUCGUAUAUAAAUUCCAAAACACGGAUUAAAGGUGACAAAAAGGAAAAAAUAUAACUGAAAGCCUUGCUCUGAUUUGAUAGGGAUCUGAUUUAUCCUGUACUAACACUCAUUUGCAUUACUUUAAUUGGUAACACUGGUAACGCACUAUUAGUAUGUUGCAUUAACACACAUUUACAAACAAUAAGCAAUACAUUUAAUAGUAAUUAUUAAUUACAACUGUUCAUUGUUAGAUCAUGUGCCCUCUGGAUUUUAUGCAUUAACAUAACAUUUAUGCAUUAAGCAGACACCUUUAUCCAAAGUGCCUUACAAAGGUGGAACAAGGAAUUCGUCAAAAAGUCAACAAUACACAAUGACAAGCUUAUCAGAUAACUAGGAUGUAUAAGCAAAUGCUUUAAUUAACAUUAACUAAGAUUAAUAAUUGCAGUCUAUAAGUAUUUUUCAUUGUUAGUUCAAUGUAUUUAAUCAAUGUUAACAAAGUAAACCUUAUUGGAACCUUAUUGAUCCUGAACUGA